AUGCUGCACCGCCUGAACGAGGUGCAGUUUCAACUACUCGCCGACGGGAACAUUGGAGAUGCGGUGUCACAGGCGCGCCGGGAGAUUACGGGGCUGAGGGACUACGGUCGUGAUACGAUAGAGGUGAUGAGGGGGUUUGCUACAGCUCUGCUUGGCGGAAGGGAGUGAGACGUGGGACCAAGGUUGGAGGAAAAGGCUUUAGUUGUUUGUAAUGCGUGCUCAUCGUGUGUUUGUCGUUCAGUAAAUUUUUUUUGCGUGUUUCGAAGUGUGCGAAA